AUGUCGGCAGGUGCUCGUGAGAUCAUUCCGGUAAACCUGCUUCGUCGCCGCAACAAGGGUGAAGCGAACGAGGAUGUCAGCGCCGCCGCCGACCGCUUCCGCGGCCGCUUCGAGAAGGCAAGCCUCGAAGAACGCAAGGCCGCCACUACGACGAUGGUCAACGAGUACUAUGACCUGGUGACUGAUUUCUACGAGUACGGCUGGUGCCAGAACUUUCAUUUCGCGCCUCGCUACGCUGGCGAGACCUUCUACGAGUCCAUCGCGCGCCACGAGUACUUCCUGGCCGCACGCGGUGGCUUCACGGAGAACGACCACAUCGUCGACAUCGGCUGCGGCGUCGGCGGCCCGGCACGCAACAUUGUGCGCCUCACGCGCUGCAACAUCACCGGCGUAAACAACAACGAUUACCAGAUCACCCGUGCACGCCGCCAUGAUGCGAGCGCCGGUAUGAGCGACAAAAUCGACUACAUUAAGACCGACUUCUGUAGCAUGAGCUUUGCCGACAACACCUUCGACGGCGCCUACGCCAUUGAGGCCACCUGCCACGCAAAGGACAAGGUCAAGUGCUACAGCGAGGUCUUCCGCGUCAUCAAACCUGGCUCCUGCUUUGUCCUUUACGAGUGGUGCAUGACCGAUAAGUACAACCCCGACGACGAGUACCAUCGCAAGAUCAAGCACCGCAUCGAGCUGGGCGAUGGCCUGCCGGAGAUGGAGACGGCCAAGCAGGUGGUGGAGUACAUGAAGCGGGCCGGUUUUAUGGUAGAGGAGGUCAUAGACGUCAUUAACCAGUUUGAGUCCAGCCCUAUCAAGAGUAUCCCGUGGUACCAGCCGCUGACCGGUAGCUAUUCAUCUCUGAAAGGCGUGCGCUCCACCCCGAUGGGCCGCGUUUUCACCAACAUCAUGUGCCGUGUGCUGGAGUUCCUACGCCUGGCUCCGAAGGGCACACACAAGGCGACGGAAAUUCUGGAGGAGGCUGCGGAAAGCCUGGCGAUUGGCGGCCGGCUCGGCAUCUUCACACCGUCCCUGUACAUCCGCGCUCGCAAGCCACUCAAAGAGGUGUAG